AUGAAUCUCAACAUCCAGUACAUUCCUAGGGAGGCGAGUAAAUGGGACGUGACGCGAAAACUUGCGGAAGUCCUCCACUCAGAUGAGUUCAGCCGACGCGAGCCUGGCGAGCGUGCUCUCAACUUCAGAAUUUCGCUCGGAGAUAGCAAGCUAGGUGGCGUACGGAACGAUGGCAGCGGUGUGCUCACCCUCCCCGAUACCUCGGUGGGCGACCGAUUCUUGAGAUAUGUCAAGGAUCGGCCUAUCAAGAUGGGGAAACAGCGCCUUCGCUUUUAUCGCUCUGGACAACCAUCAGAUUGGUUGGCGAAGACAUUGGAGAGGACGCAUUACGUGGAUCCCGAUGUGGAAGAGCGCCACGAAGCCAUCAACACCAGCCUGGGCGACGCCCUUCGCGUUGACGCGAUCCAGUUCGGCAUAUUCUACCGACCCUCGUAUCCGCGCCACGACAAGGACCGUCUGGUCCCAAGGGCAUUCUCGAUCGAGUGGGAGAAGGAUCUUGUCAGCUCAAGUUCGGGAUGGUUGUAUUUCUCCUACGACCACAAGCUGCUGUAUAUCGAGGUCGGGGACUCGGCGUACGAAAGUCGUGGAUUCAGAAUUUCCAUCCCCUUUCAUAGCAUCAAGGUGAUUGGAGUGGGGUACGACGGAAAACCAUACUUGUGCUUCGACACCCAUACUCCUCCUAUACUCGAAAGCAUAGAGUUCUAUCGCGCACUCAAAGGUGAUCGCAGCGAUGGGAAAAAGGUCAGACGGCGAGUGGGAUCGCUCGACGAGGGACACGCUGCCGUCGCGCCAUUUGCACACCAGCUCCGACUCGUCUUGUUCCGCCACCACAAUGAGGACUCGCUCGAGCACUUCAUUUCCCUGUGUAAAAAUGCGGAACUGGAGACGCAGAAACUCAUCAUCCGCUGCGACGCGCCGGGCCGCGAGAUCGAUGCGCACCGGAAAUACUUCUUCGCGUCGACUCGUCGGCAAAAGCGGCUGUAUCAAAUGGGCCUGUGGAUCAAGUCCAUGCCGUGGGCCGUUUCUUUUCAGAUUGAACAUCUGAUGCGCAACGGGCUGCUGAACACGGAGGACUUGCUGGAUAGCCUGAGGCCUUAUAUCGAUUCCCUCUCUUCGCAACAUGCCGACGACAAUGGCGCGUAUGUCGGUGAUUUCCUACGCCACUACGGAGACGCGCUACAAGCCAAACCGGCUCGGCAGUCACCAUUGGCGUGCUUCCAGCGGGCAUUGGGGCUAUGGAACCCUCUCAACGCAAAGCUACCACCGGGCGAGUUCAACUGUUGUCACGUCACUUUUACUCCGACUCGCCUACUUCUCGAAGGGCCUUAUCCAAUUCAGUCCAACAGAGUGAUACGCCAAUAUAGCGGCCAUGAAGAGCACUUUAUCCGUGUCGACUUUCGCGAUGAGGACAUGCUCCAGUACCGAUGGGACCGUGCCGUCGACGGUGCCUCGUUCGUUCGGGAGAGAGUCGGGCCUACAUUGAAGGAAGGCUUCGAGCUGGGCGGCAGGCGGUUCGAGUUCCUCGCGUAUUCUUCAUCUGCGCUCAGGGAGCACGCCGUGUGGUUCAUGAAUCCGUUCCAAGACGAGCAAACUGGUCGUUGGGUUACAUCUGAGGCCAUCCGGCAAGCACAAGGCGAUUUCAAUGAUCUAGGGAAUAAGAAGUUUUACCUACUAGACCAGCCCUCGAAGUAUGCUGCGCGCUUGGCACAAGCCUUUACCGCGACGGAUCCUUCGGUAGACCUGAGGCGCUACCAGUGGCAACAAGUCGAAGAUAUACCGUCACCUGCAGAAGCUGUAUUCACCGAUGGGUGUGGUACAAUAUCACACGCGCUUGCAGUCAUGAUUUGGGCAGCACUUCUCGUAGCAAAGCGCGUGCACGAGAACGCUACCAUGUCUACCAUUUUUCAAAUUCGAUUCUUGGGAUACAAGGGUGUUGUCAGCGUUGAUCGGAAUCUAGACAAGCGCAAGGACGGCGUCCUCAUGUUGCUCCGCGACUCGAUGCACAAAUUCAAGCACCCACUCGAGGACGACCACGACUCAACAGCAGCUUUAGAGAUAGCCCAGUGGUUUUCGUCUCCUAUGCCCGCUUACCUCAACAGGCCCCUGACCAUGCUGCUUGAAGACUGCGGCGUAAAGCAAGAGGCUUUUUUGGGGCUGCAGAAGCGCGCAGUUGCUCAAGCGCGGAUGGUCCACGACUCCCUCGAGAAAUUUGAAGGACUACUGAGGACCCACAACUUCGGGGGCGCCUUUGGGCUUUCCUACAUUAUAAAGAACAUAAGAAACCUCGGAGUUGAUAUCAGCUCGUCAAGCUACUUCCCAUUUCUUUACGACAGCUCCUUUUUACAGCAGUUGCGGCAAGCUUUGAUGCUUCAUCUCCUCGUGCAGAUCAAACAUGAGGCAAGGAUACUGAUUCCUGAGAGCUACCUGCUUGUAGGUGUGGCUGAUGAGGGUCCAGCGUACGUCAACGCAGGCCAUAGUAACGUUUACACCCUUGAAGAGGGCCUGAUAUAUGCAUGCAUACAAAACACUGGCGAUGAGGAACCAACAUGGCUCACCGGCUCAUGCAUUGUAGGCAGAAGUCCUGUCGUCCACCCUGGCGACGUGCAAAGAGUUACUGCCAUCGGGAAACCGCCCGAGGGUAAGAUAUGCUCUUUUGCCGGUCUGAAGAACGUCGUGGUGUUUGCUUCGAAGGGACGCCGACCGCUGCCAUCUUGCCUCGGCGGAGGGGACCUGGAUGGGGAUACUUACUUCGUCAUACAGUACCCCCAGUUGUUGGCACCCAAACGGUUCGACCCUGCGUCCUACGCAGCCAUCGAACCUAAAAAACUAGAGCGUGAUUGCACUAUAGACGACGUUUGUGACUUUGUGGUGGAGUAUAUCAAUUCAGACGUCUUGGGUCUCGUUUCGGAUAGACAUCUCAUUAUUGCAGAUCAAUCCAAGAAAGGCAGCAAUGAUCCCGAUUGUCUGAAGCUGGCACACUUACAUUCAAUGGCUGUCGACUACGCCAAACAUGGGAAUCCCCUCGACAUCGACGAAGACGGCCCUAACCCCCUUCCCAAAACCUUGAUACGAUGCAAGCCUGACUGGCAUGCUAAAGAAGUAGUGGCCGUCCGGCAAACGGACUACUACGAAUCAGACCGGGCGCUGGGACAUAUGUACCGGGCGGUUACCUUAGAGGACCCCGAGUUCAAUGCCUACAUUAAACCGGAUGCCCCAGACCUUGACCAAAACACCCUCCUCCUGAAGCUGCACCCGAUAGUGCAGAAGUACAUCACGGCAUACCGAGACCCCAACUGGUCGUGCAAGGAAACAAAAGUCCUAUACGAAAAAUACAGAGACGAAUUGCGUUAUAUAUGCGGCACCCACACACUUACCAACGAGGCAGGAACAAAAUUGACUGAAAUCGAGGUUGUUUUGGGCAUCAUAUUGGCCAAAAGCAUGCAGAAAUCGUGGAAGUCGAAUCGGUCGUAUCGCAUGAGACGCCAUAUGGACGUCUUGGUGAAGGACGUUCGACGACAGUUGUUUGAUGAGAUGAACUCGAGAGAGGGUUUGGAAAGAGGGUGGAACGCAUGGUUUUUCAGUCUCCUCCAUCCCAUUGAUUUCGGGGCUAAUAGCUUCGGGCUCAUUGGGCUGAGGAUUGUGUUCAAUUGCUUAGAAAGGUUGGGGGAGGUGGUUGAGGAACCCCAUGGCGUGCCUACUUCGACGAAACAAGGAGUUGGCUCCCUUUGA